GUAAUAUUUUUUCAAUACUUUUCUUAGUCAGUCAUUCAUCAUUCAUGGAGCUAUGCUUCAUUUAUAGCGUCGAUUUUUCAUUCCAAUUUAUACAUAGUUUCUCAUGGGAAGAAAGUGGUGAAUUGAUGCCGACAUUUUGAAGGAACUGUGACAGAUACGGUAUGAUUUUGGGAGGGCAACCUUUGGCUUCGACUCCUUUCUUGCUGCUGCAGUAUAAUCGGAACCACUCUGUACCUCUUCCCGCCUCUUCGACUGUAAGUGAUUUGAUUCUCCUUCGAUUAGUCCCCUCCCUCCAUGAAUUGAUGACGACGCUAUUCUAGGGUUGCUUUUGCUCGACCCGAUUGGGAUCCGAUUAUACCCAACCUUUCAAAAUUGUAGUAAGUAGUGUUUGAGAACUUAGAUUUCAUUUGAAUUCUUGUGUUUUAAUUCUUGAUUUUGAAUUCUUGUGAAUUUGCAAUUGAGCUUUGUUGGGAAUGAGAAGAUUUUGGUCCAAACUCAAAUUUCUUUUUAGAUUUCCAAAAAUGUAAUUUGAGUUGAAUCUGAAUUUGAAAACAAAAUCCAAAUUUCCAAACAUGUCAUUGAGGAUUUGGUUGUUUGGAAGUCUCCAAAUAACCAAUGGGGGGCGGAAAGGAGAAUCCGUGCAACAUAGACUAACAUGCCCUACGGCGAACAUGAAACUUGGAAAUGAGACUAGGGUUGGGAGUGAUUUCAAUGGCCGCUUUAGUGCAUUUUGGUCAUUUCAUUGAAAACAAUCAAAAUCGAAAAAAUGAUGCUUCAAUUUCAUUGAAAACAAUCAAAAUCGAAAAAAUGAUGCUUCAGUAUCGUGGUUGACACCAAAGUUGACAAUGCCAGAGACAAUCACGUGCAUACUUUUUCUCGGAGAAAUUGGCAGUGUUUGCAGUAGUAUCUAGUAUACACCAUCCAAAUUACCAAAGGAGUUCUAUGGAAACAACUCGAAUGUCAUGUCUGAAAGAUUACACACAAAUGCGAAAGUUGAACAGAAUAGGAAGAGAAAAAAAAGAUCCCUCUCUUCAUAUGGAUGUCCUUUUUUGGAUGUGUUCAAGUGAAGUUUUGAGGUAGCAAUGUGCUUGCUUUUACUUUGUAUGUUUGUGCGUCUGUGUUUGAGCAGCGGGUCUCCUAAAAACAACCUCUCUAUAACCUAGUAGGGGAAAUGUAUGCAUAAUAAACCUACUUUUGUGGUAUUCUAUUGGGUUUAUUGUUGUUGUUAUUGUCUUGUUUAUCACGGUAACCAGGAAUCUUGGCAAUGCAAGUUAUCUUCAACAAGACUGGGAAUGCACGCAUUUGCUGCCCAAGCUUAUAACUUGAGCGCGCGCAAGAACGAAUCUUGGGAGGCAUGCCGAGAAGCUCUCAGUCCAUUCAGAUUCAGCGCCGAAGAGGAAGAUGAGAUCCUGGGGAAGGCAUUUGGCCUUGUCCACUCCCCUUAUUGGAGCGAAGAACGGGAAAGGGAAGUUCCAAAGGUGGAAAGCGUGACGAAAAUAUUAGAGUACUUGAGGAGCCUAACCCUCUCAGACGACGACGACGAUGAUGAUGAUGAUGACGUGCGCAAGUUACUGAAGAAGUUUCCGGAAGUCCUGGGAUGCAGCCUGGAACGGGAAGUGAAGAACAAUGUGCAGGCCCUGGAGAGGGAUUGGGGAAUCAAAGGGAAACCUCUGAGGAAGCUUCUUCGUCGGAAUCCAAAGGUGCUUGGGUUCAAUGUGGAUUGCAAGGGAGACUGUAUGGCCAAGUGCACCCGCUGCUGGGUACGAUUUUAGCUUUCCACAGUCUCACAAUGAAUUCUGCUCUUCACUACUCAAAAGAAUCACAUGAGUUUUUGUAUAUUUUCAUUAAUUAUUUGAUAAAAUAAAAUAUUCUUAUCACAUCUUCUUUUGUACUCCCCCCAUUCAAAAUUAAAUUGUUUGUUUACUA